AUGUCCACCAUCUUCAUAUCUUUUCAGUUUAUUGCAUCCUGCUUGGCGUUGGCAUUCCGUGGUGCAGAUGCUCAGCAAUACACAACACCGGUGCCAAUUCUAAAACAAAUCAACAAACAUAAUUCCGAUGGUUCAUACACCUACGGUUAUGAAGCAGCCGAUAAGAGUUUUAAAAUCGAAACGAAAUAUCCAACCGGCGAGGUAUAUGGAAAAUAUGGUUAUAUUGACGAUCAGGGACAGCUAAGGGAAAUUGAGUAUGGAGCAAGUAAACGUGGAUUUGAGCCAGCUGGCAGUGAUAUAAAUGUUCCACCACCAACUCUGACAGCCAGUAAAUCAACACCAUUGGGACCAAAUGAGAUCGAUGAUGGCCAAUACCGCGAAGAUCCAGCUGAAUAUUACAAAGGACAGAAUUUCAAUCGGCCUGUAGCAGCCAGCAAAUUCAGUUUGAACAAUUUCCAACAGCAAAGGCCCCAGCCAGCUUAUAAUCCAGCACCAGCUCCAUAUAAUCCCGCACCUGCUCCAGCUCCAUAUAAUCCAGCACCAGCCUCAUAUAGACCACCAGCACCACAAUAUUAUAAUCCUCCAUCACCCCCACAGCAAUCGUACUACCGACCACAACCACCUCAGCCACAAUAUAAUCCCUAUAAUCCAAAUCCCAACCCCAGUCAUUUUCACCCCGCCGUAAAAAGUUUAGACAUUUGGAGUGGUUCUUACAGUUUGGAUUAUACGGGACGAAAAUAAAAAAA